AUGAUAAGAAGACUAAGUGUUGAUUCUUCAAAAACAAACGUAAGAGCAGAAAAAGGAUCGGUGCUCAAGGAUGAGAAUAGUUUGCAAGAGCCUGUCGAAGCCACGAGUGGUACUUACGCGACUCCAUUCCUUUCUCUUGAAUAUUCCGGAUCCAUUAAUGGUUCGCUGAAGAGCACACUCAAGAGCAAGCUUGGCGCAAACAACAGUCAAUUCGGCGUUAUCUCUUCAGCUGCAGAUCUCAUCAACACUAUCCUCCCAAUAUUCGGUGGUCUAAUGGUAGACCACUUUGGUAUAUGUAGCAGUACUCUGGUUUGUAUGUUCUUUAUUUUGCUCGGAAACGUCGUUGAUUCGAUCGGCGCGACAAAGAACCACUACAACGCCUUUGUGGCAGGACGCAUUGUAUUUGGACUUGGACAGUCAGUGCUAGAGACCGCGCAGAGAAAGCUUUAUUACCCGAUGCCAAACAGAGGAUUGGCACUAGUUUUUGCUCUAGAUCUUGGCUUCGUGAGAAUCUGCAAUAUUUUAGGCAAGGUCACCGCACUCCCCAUCGCAAACGCUUCUUAUUAUGCCAUGACUUAUUGGACGUCUGUGAUCUUUACUGGUCUUUCACUUUGCGCCAAUAUUGCUGUGGUUUUCUUGAUGAAAAAAGUUCACAAAAUUGAUGAAAAGGUCGUAUUCGACAAGAACAUGCUCAAGAUACACAAAGUAUUCUUGGCGCUGCCAUCUUCGUUCUUCUUGUUCGCAGUGUCUUGGAUCUUCCAACCCUCAGUAUUUUCCACCUUCAAUAAAAUCGUUGCGGACCUAGUGAAGGUGCAUUACAACGUUUCCGCAGAGCAAGGUGGCUUUUACAGCGCAUUGACGCAAGUAGUUCCAGUAGUCAUGACACCGCUAGGUGGUGUAUUCGUAGAUCUAUAUGGUAGAAGACCGCAAUUUGUACCAGUAGCUGCAGGUGUCUAUAUCGUCGUAUUUGCGCUAAUCGCCAAAACAUCUGUCCAUCCCAUUAUCCCCCUCAUAUUAUCAAGUCUUGCGUUCUCGAUAUCCACAAUUUCCCUGCUCGCAUCGAUUCCUCUGAUAAUACAUAAUCAAAAGCAUCUAGCUUUAGCUUUAGGAAUAUGGAAGAGUUUCAUCAACUGCGGCGAUGUUAUUAUGAGCGUCGUUGUGGGGAGAGUUCAAGAUAUCACGCCGAACCAGUCGUACGUCAACGUAAUUUGGAUUUUCAUGGGUGUAAAAGCAUGGGCUGUAGUCCUUGGAGUGGUGUAUAUCAUAUGCGAUAGGGCCUUCUUUAUGAAGAUAUUUGAUCGUAGUGUCAAGAACCGUCUCAAACUGGAAUGUGAGCUGGGGUGCAGCAUAUUUCAAGCAUCUAAGCUUAGCUGGGAACACGAACAAUUAUCAGCGAAUAUUUCUCGUUUCUCUUGUCUACACGUAAUGGGAAGUUUGAAACGAGCUACAACCAAGCUGACAAGUAGAUCUGGGUGGUUUGGAGACAAAAGCUUCAACUACACGAAUCUCUUUGCUCCUCAAUUUCCCUACAACCUACCUAGACGACAGCGCAAGAUGCUCAGACCCUCGCCCUUCUUUUCCCUCGAUUCGAACCUUCCCAUCGUACUUCUGCUUAUCGCGGGACUACAACACGCGCUUGCUUGUCUUGCCGGUGUAAUCACCCCGCCAAUGAUAAUCUCUCAAACCUUAAAUUUUUCAAAUGACUUACAAUCUUACAUGGUCUCAGCUUCUCUGAUUUGCAGCGGCAUACUAUCUAUCGUACAAAUGCUACACACUAGAAUACCAUACACCAACAAGUACAUCGGAACGGGAAUAGUAACGAUUGUUGGUGUAUCCUUCAACACUAUACCUGUCUUUACUUCGAUGGCUGACCGAAUGUAUUCAAACGGAACAUGUCCUAACAAUACUGAUGGCAGUAGAGCCGCGUGCCCUGAAGCUUACGGCUACUUCAUCGGCACUUGUAUGCUGGCUAGCUUGUUUGAGAUAGGUGUCUCACUUUUGCCCGCUACGGUGAUCAAGAAGGCUUGUCCACCGGUAGUAUCAAGCACUGUAAUAAUUAUGAUUGCAUGCCAGCUGCUACAAAGCUCGGGGUUUUCUAAUUGGUCUGGUGGGGACUGUACAGAGAAUUGUCCAUCAGCUGAUGCGCCCAGACCCUUACCAUAUGGAGCAAUUGAAUUUAUCGGGCUUGGAUUCCUCGCAGUCGUGACGAUAUUAUUCGUGGAGAUUUUUGGCUCCCCAUUCAUGAAGAGCGGUAGUCUAAUAAUAGCCUUAGCAGUUGGAAGCACCGUAGGCUGUGCGUGCAACUACUGUGUAAACAAAAUCAGAGACUCACCAGCAAUAACCUUCCUUUGGGUGCACACAUUCAAGCUGAAAGUGGACCCGCCAUCUAUUCUACCGAUUCUAGCAGUCUAUCUCAUUAAUAGUGUUGAAGCACUGGGUGACAUAACCGCAGCAUCGGAAGCAUCGCGUUUGUCGGUGGGAGGGUCAGAAUUCGACGAGAGGAUUCAAGGGGGUAUACUUGCUGACGGUCUUGCCGGUAUAUUGGCCGGCGCUAUGACUCAAGCUCCCAUGUCCGUCUUUGCUCAAAAUAAUGGAAUUAUCGCCCUAACCAGGGUGGCCAAUAGAAGCGCUGGGUUAGUUUGCGCCGGGUAUCUUAUACUCUUUGGCGUAUUGGGCAAGAUCAGUGGCGUUUUCAUCUCAAUACCAAAACCAGUUUUAGGCGGUGUGACUAGCUUUCUUUUUGCAAAUGUACUCGUGUCGGGUGUGCGGAUCUUAUCAAGAAUUUCGUGGCAAAGAAGAGACAGAAUCAUAUUGGCAACAGCGUGGACGUUUGCAUUCGGUGUUUUGCUUGUGCCAGAAUGGUCAGCGCACUUUUUCAGAGGCGUCGACACAAACGGCAACGAGGCGCUGGAAGGCUGGCUGGAGACAAUAGAGACGGUUGUAUCUACACCUUCUAUCCUAGGCUGUUUGGUUGCUAUGUCAAUGAAUUUGAUAAUGCCUGAAGAUGUGGAUGAAGAAUCUAAAGAUGCUAGCGAUAUGGAGCAAGGCAUCAACGAAAAUCGAAAUACCAUCACAGAAAUACCUUCAACAGCACAAUCCACUCAAAGUCAAUUGGAGAAGUAG